CCGAUUCCCACGGGUGAGGGGUGCCACGGCGGGGCCACAAGCAGGGUGCAGUGAGGAGUGAUCUGGGGAGAACCCGAGGGGGUGCUGCCAAGAUGGGGGGGGUGCUGCCGGGCCGGCAGUGGGUGCUCCCAGGGGAACAGUGGGUGCUCCUGGUGGUAAGUGAUGCCAGGCUGACAGCGGGUGCACCCCCGUGGGUGCGUGCGGGAUCCCUGGCAGAUGGAUGCUCCCAGACGGGCAGUGGACGCUCCCCACGGCGUGCCCCCGCUGCCCGCAGCCCCGGCCCCCGGCACAGAUGGUCCCUUUCUGCCGCCGCCGCCGCCUUAAUCUAACGGCACAAAGCGGCGCGGCGGCGUCUGCCCGUCUGCUGCGGCCCCAGCGAUGCCCCUGCCACCCCCCACCAUCAGCACUGCCACCUAGACUCCCGCCGUGGGGCAGGGACCCGCGUCCUGCAUGGUGCCAGCUCCGGAGCGGCACCGUGGAGUCCUCUGGGUGAUGCCAGCACUUUGUGCCUUGCCAUCACCAGGUGCCCAGUUCUUGGCAGCCCGCGGCUGGGGGCCCUGGGACCUCCCCAACACCUGCGUGGGGAUUUGGGCACUGCCCGUGCAGGUGCCCCUGGGCACAAGACGGAGGCCCGGUGUGGGCAUCCCUGCGGUGAGUCCAGUGCCACAGGGCAGCGCCUGGGCCCCUGUGACACAGGACCUCCUGGCUUGUUGCAGGCCGGGAUCCGAGGCGGGGUGCGGCGCUGGCAGCCUCGCCUGUGCCAUGGGGAACUCGGUGAGCAGGCCCAGCUGCCUGGGCGAGCGGAGCCAGCGCCACGAGGAGCUGCUCCGGGAGCCGGACACCGCUGGGCAGCCGCUGGGCAGCGCCGUCGAGGCCUGGCCAGCGCUACCGGAGAAGCUGCCGGUGGAGAACGGCUGGAGCCCACUGCCCGGUGCCAGGCAGUGCCGGGCUGGCAGCCCCGUGCUGCGGCGCAGCCGAUCGGAGGUGUCGGUGCAGAACGGGAGCGCAGCUGGCGUGCCGGUGCCGGGGCAGGUGGUGGGGGCGACUUGGACCCCUCCCCGGACCAGUGGCCCCCGUGGCGCCUGGCCCUGGCAGCCCCUCACCACACGGGAGGUGACCGAGGUGACGGAGGUGACGGAGACCAUCGUGACCGAGAUCGUGGAGGUGACUCAGUACCCGGUGGGCGAGCGCGGCGGCGAGGCCCUGGUCACCCGCACCGUCACCGUCACCACCGAGCACGUGGCCAGCGGCCACGCCGGGCACAGCGACACCAGCGAGGUGACUGCAGGGCAGGGACCCUCGCCACGAGUAUGCUGGGUGGGACCUGGCGGGGGUGCUCUGCCAUCAUGGUGCUAGCCAGGUGCCAGCGCCAGCGUGGUGCCAGUAUGGUACCUGUAUAGUGCCGGCACAAUGGAAAUGUAGUGCCAGCAUAGCUGUUCCCACCACUGGGUCUCUGCCAUUGUCCUCCUCAGG